AAGGAGGAGGGGUCGGACUCUAUCGCAUGUCCCUCCGCCGUCAGUUCUCCCAGAACCCGCCGCCGCCGCUCCGCACGGGCUCGGAGACGGAGGAGCCGCUGGAGAAGGCGUCUCAAUGGGCCCGCGCCCCGCACGAGUGGAUCACGCAGCGGGUUGACAUCGUGCGCGGCUUUGUCGCGAGCGACCUCUCCGACUAUGUGAUGCGCUUCUCGAUGCUGCUGCUCGGCGCCUACACGCUCUACCUCGCGUGGUGCGAGUCCUGCAAGGCCGACUACCUCGCCUAUCUCGCCGGCGUCGGCGAGGCGCUGCUCGACUUUGUGACGCUGACGCGCGGCUCCCUCGCGGGCGCGACGGUCGCGGUGUGCCUCUCCGUGUGGCUGCUGACCGUCCGGUGGAUGCGCCGGCCGGCGCCCAUCUACCUCAUCGACUUCAAGACGUACCGGCACUGCGGCGUCGACGGCGGCGACCGCGACUCCACGGCGGGCGUGCCGGCGUCGCAGGAGCGCUUUAUGGCCGAGUCGCGGGCCGCGCUCAACCGGUUCGGCGAGCCGUGCUUCACGGAGAAGUCGAUCGAGUUCCAGGAGAAAAUCAUGAAGACGUCGGGCAUCUCGGAGAUGUCCAUCUUCCCCGAGUCCAUCCUCCCCAAGAGUGGCCAGAACCCCCUCGGCAAGGACGCCGAGGUGCUCGGCCUCUCGAUGAAGGGCGCGCGCGAGGAGGCGGAGGCGAUGAUGUGCAAGACGGUGGCGGACCUGCUGGCGGCGACGGGGACGGCGGCGGAGGACAUCGGGAUCGUCAUCGUCAACUGCUCCCUCUUCUGCCCCACCCCCUCCCUCUCCGCCAUGCUCGUCAACCACUUCAAGAUGCGCUCCGACUGCCUCACCUACAACCUCGGAGGCAUGGGCUGCUCGGCGGGCGGCAUCUCGAUCGACCUCGCGCGCCGGCUGCUGCGUGGGCACGAGCAGAAGGGCUCGCUCGCGCUCGUCGUCUCCACCGAGAACAUCACCCAGAACUGGUACCGCGGCAACGACCGCGGCAUGCUGCUGCAAAACACGCUCUUCCGCUGCGGCGCCGCGGCCAUCCUGCUCUCCAACCGCGGGUCGGACGCGGGGCGGGCGCGCUUCAAGCUGCUGCACACGGUGCGCACCCACGUCGGCAAGGACGACCUCGCCUACAACUCGGUCAUCCAGGAGGAGGACGCCGACGGCAUUCGCGGCGUCCGCCUCUCCAAGGCGAUCAUGCAGAUCGCGGGCGACGCGCUCAAGCGCAACAUCACGGCGCUCGGCCCGCUUGUGCUGCCGCUCAAGGAGCAGCUCAAGUUCUUCUUCAACAUGGUCGCCCGGACGGCCGCCCGCGGCAAGGCGGGCAAGCCCGUCAAGUCGCUCGCCCGCUCGCUCGUCCCGCUGCCGCUCUUCCGCUCGCUGGUCAACUUCACGCCCGACCCGGCCGACCAGCCGCUGCCGUCGCCAAAGCCGGCCGCCCGCGCGGCGGGCAAGCUGAGCCCGCCGCGGCCCAGGCCGGAGAAGCCCGAGGACCCGCUCCUCAAGGCGCUGCCUCCGUACGUCCCCGACUUCACCGCCGCCUUCGAGUGGAUCUGCGUCCACACGGGAGGCCGCGCCGUCAUCGACGCGAUGGAGAAGAACCUCGCGCUGCCGUCGCACUACCUCGAGCCGUCGCGCCUCUCGCUCUACCGGUACGGCAACGUCUCCUCCGCCUCGAUCUGGUACGAGCUCGAGCUCAUCGCGGAGAAUGGAAACCAGUGCGGAGCCCACCGGCCCGACGGCAACCUGCCGGCGGUGCCGCGCAAGCUGCGCCGCGGCGACCGCGUGUGGCAGAUCGCGUUUGGCUCGGGCUUUAAGUGCAACUCGGUCGUCUGGCAGUGCAUGCGCGGCUCCUGAGCCCCGGGGCGCCCGCGGCUCGGCUGUCCCUUGCGACCCCGGCGGCGGCAGCUGCGUGGCAAGGGAGACGGGCGCGGAAAGGUGCCUUUCCUCUGUGGCAUUGUGCAUGUGCAUGUCCCAGCCGGUGACCAAUCUUGUCGGAUGAGCUUGGUGGGGGUGGGGCGGUGGGCAGCGGAUGGUGAGCGGCCGGAGCGCACACGUGGCCUCGCAUGCGGGGCGGGAAGCCGUGUGCGCGCGAGCUGUGGCCUGUGCAGUGUGUGCAGAGUGCACCAGUCGAUGGGCGUGGUUAGCGCGGGUCAGAGGACGGGGUUGACUGUGAGGAGGUGUACGGGGCGGCGCUUCUAUCCCCCCUUGGAGCUCAAGAACUUGCGCUGAAAGAACCGUUCUACUAGAAGAUCUCAAAAAAA